AUGGAUCAAGGGACGCACUGUGGAAGCUGCUGGGCUUUUGCAACCGCAUCGGCCAUUGAGAGCCUUUACAAGAUCGAGCACGGGGACCUGAUCCCGCUAUCGCCCCAGCAGCUCGUAGACUGCGACGGCAGCAACAGGCAUUGUGGAGGUGGCACCCCGGCCAAGGCAUUCCAAACCAUUCAGCUUGGUGAUGGCAUCUCGCGAUUGGCGGACUAUCCGUACAAAGGUGCCAAGGGCUGGUGCUACCCGGCCCGCAAAGGCGUGGGCAUCAGGGGCUGGGAGCGUGUGGAGCCGCGGGACGAGAUGGCGCUCAUGUGGGCGGUGUUCAAGCGCCCCGUCACGGUAGGGGUCGACGCCAACAGCACGGCCUUUAUACAAUACCGCGGUGGCCUCUUCGACGGGCCUUGCAAUACCACUCUCGGUCACGCCAUGACCCUGGUUGGGUAUGGAACUACCGGACAUAGCGACCCUUACGGCGAGCCGGAGGGAGUCGACUUUUGGCUCCUCAAAAAUACGUGGUCCACAGCGUGGGGAGAAGCUGGCUAUAUGCGGCUCCGGCGCGGUGCCGAGGCCAAAGGUGGGGUCUGCGGGGUAAUGCUCGAGGCCACCUAUCCGAUCCAUUCCUAUGCGCUAUUUUAA